AAGAUUGCUAAUUGCGACAUCAGAUUAUGCGUUCUAUUCACAAAAACGACAACCAAACGGGAAUGUGCGACUAUUCGGGCGAUGUAAUAUACUCAGGUUACCAUACUUUAUUUACGCGGCACAAUUUGCAUUUUUACCUUUUUUUUUACUUUGUUGACAUUUUUGUUCUAGAUUAGCAUAUAACGCGGAUAUGAAGAAGCACGGGGAGAGGGAGUGUAUGACGCGAUAUAUUAAAACGGUGAUCCGCAGUUGAACGACAAGCCGAUACCGGAUUUACUUCGACUACGCUGCAGUAGCGGGAUCGAGCGUAUCAGAACGUAUGCGUUCGCGAAGAUCCAUUUUUGGCGCGAAAGGGUUCCCUCGUCACGGAACUCCGCGCACCAAAGCUGCAGCUGCGAUUACUCAUACCUGUUUUGACCAACGCAUUGUACUAUGCACGCGAAUAUGGAAUAUCAUUAUAGCCACGCAAUUCUAGGCCGGGAUAGACGGAUAGACGGAUAAUUAUGUGCGUGCUCCAAUCGCGCUGCGCCGCAGCUCAGGCUAUGAGAAAACCAUCGUGUUCGCACGUAAUGCUCAUCAAUUAUAAAAAAAAGGAAACGAAAAAAAACAAAGAUAUAAAAUACGUAGGCGAAAUUUAUCGAAUACCUUGAAGAAUCAGGGCCGUGUGUGGGCGAAAUUCGAAGGGGGGACUCUGAAGGUCGCAGAUAGUGGGGCUUGGGAUCGUCCUCGCGUCAUUUACGCGGUCGCAGGUGAUCACUGAUCGGUUAGUCUUUCUCGCGCCGAUCGAGCACCAAGUUGCAAGCAGAGAACUUGAUCUACAACAUCAGAGGAGAAUCAUCACGAGAAUAGCAUUCUCUUUCCACAAGUGUCAUUGGAAUUUCAUCUCUUUCGGCAGAUACAUUUGGAACAGUGACAAAAUGUACACGCAAGCCGCAACCUUGUUCCUGUUCCUGUUCAUCACGUUGGUGAACGGCAGUCACUAUGUCCAAUACGUUCAGUCGCGAACAAGUACGUCCGGCGGUUGCGACAGCUACACGUGCGGCGUCAACGCGAGAUGCACGAUGAGCUUAGGACGGCCGGUGUGCUCGUGUUUGAAUCUUCAUAUGGGAGACCCACUCGCGCAGUGCGUGCGAGUCGAAUGUUUAAUCAAUGACGAUUGUCCAUACAACAGAGUGUGUACGAACAACAGGUGUGUCGACCCUUGCGUAGGUCUAUGUGGAAUAAACGCGAACUGUUUGACCAGAAAUCACAUAGGUACCUGCGAGUGUAUAUCAGGAUACGUCGGAGAUCCAUUCUCGAGUUGUCAAGUCGCCGAUCCUCAAGCUGCCUGUAAACCGAGUCCAUGCGGAGUGAAUACCCAAUGCGAGGUGAUCAACGAAGUGCCAGUCUGCACGUGUCUACCAGGUUACAGAGGUUCACCCUUAUCUGGAUGUCGUCACGAGUGUGAGAGCGACAUCGAUUGUCCUCAUCAUCUCGCGUGCUCGUCAUCAUACAAAUGCGAGAACCCAUGCAAAUGCGGAGAGAACGCGGAAUGCCAAGUCAUCAAUCAUCAAGCGAAGUGCACCUGCCCGAAAACAUGGACGGGAAACCCAUUUGUCGCAUGCCGACCGGAGUGCACCACCCACUCUGAAUGCCCUUCGAAUAAACCCGCUUGCCUCUAUCAGAAAUGCGUGAAUCCUUGCGACGGUGUGUGCGGCGUUCAUGCCGACUGCAACCUACGCGAUAUCACUCCCGUUUGCAGUUGCCCAAAACAUAUGACCGGUAAUCCUUUCGUCAGCUGUAGACUGUUUGAACCACGCGAUCUCUGCGAACCAAAUCCCUGCGGUAUUAAUGCGAUUUGUACGCCAGGCCACGACAAUACUGGGAAGGAGAGGCCGGUAUGCACGUGUCCCACUGGCUAUAUUGGCAACGCCUUGACGAGCUGCCAGCGCGGGGAGUGCUUCACCGACAGUGAAUGUCCUGACAAUCGGGCCUGUAUCGAUUUCACGUGCAAGAACCCGUGCACCGGCCAUGAAUGCGGUCCGAGCGCCGAGUGCACGCCUCGACGUCAUAUCGCGGUCUGUACGUGCCCGCAGGGCACCAGAGGCGACGCCCUGUACACCUGUAACCCGAUCGAGAGCAAAUCGGUGUACAAUUACGGCCGCGCCUACCGUUACCGCUACUACUAGUCACACAAAACGAUACCACGAUCCCACGUUUAAAAUACUCAACGUUUUAAUACCGUAACUUCUAUUCCAAUUUUAUAUUUGGUCGUACUUUUAUGAAGAAUUGAACCGGGGAAUAAAAAGAAGUUAACCGCCUAUUCCUUACGCAGGUCGUAUAACAGAGUAAUAAUAUGUGUAUAUUUUUCAUAACGCGCGCGCUAUGCAGAUAAUGUCUUCCAAUUCGUAUCCAUCACAAAGUAGAUCUCACACAAAGUGUUCUAUAUAUUUUAUAAGCUGCGGCUGGUCGCAAAUCUAGUUUCGAUCCUUAAUAAGAGUGGAAGCAUAAUGAUUUAUGCUGCAAUCUUAAGAUCCUUAGAUGAUGAAUUUUUUUCCCAUUUCAAUUUCAUUCCAAACGCUACGUUCUAUGUUACAUUCUUAAUAGAUUCUAUAAGAAUCAUAUAUAUAAUAUUUUUAAUAUAUAAAUUUUAUACACAUCACAUAACAAAGAGAAAAUGAGAACUCAAUGCAACGUUAUAAUAUAUUACUUACAAAGGUCUGAAUUACAUUAUCUGAUUAAACAAUAAUUUUUAUUGAAUAAUUUAACAUUAUAUUCCAUAAGUGUGCAAGUUCAUAGUUAUAAAACUAGUUGAGAAAAUUUACGAAAAAUCACUUGUCGCUAUUAAAAAAUAAAUGAUUACAAUCUUCUCUUA